AAAAAUGAAUGAGAAAUCGAUGGCCAGCGUAAAAAGUUAAAACGUCCACGCUUGGCGAAUACGCGCAAAAAGUCCCGCAAAACACGUAACGCGUAAAAAUCCCCUUACUGCCAGAGCGCGUUCACAGCUCCAGCUACUAAUACUUCAGGAAAUUGAGGGUUGAUGAGUUGGUCAGCCGAUGAACUUCCUCAUUUGAGUCAGUCGAUAGUCAGAAGCAGCGGCCUGUGACACGCAGACAUGUCGCUUAUAGUCUGUCUUGAAUCCGGACUGGACUUCAUUGAAUUUCUGGGAGACAGAAUAUCCAACACCAGCAAGAAUGAACUUCGUCGCAUCUACAACAGUGAAUUUAGGGGCAGAGAAGGAAUAAAAGACCCCAAUUUUUCUAGUGUUCUUUACGCCCUUGUGAAAUUCAACAAAGUCCAAAUUAGACAGGGGAACAUCUUCAUAAAUGUCAAACCUCAGGUUCGAGUGUACUGUGACCAGUGGAGGAGGCCCCGGGCCCCUCAGCAGGAGGACAGUCCCAGCUCUAGCCCUCAGAAGACACCUGCACCUUCCUCCUCCUCCUCCUCUUCCUCCUCCUCCGUCCCCCCGACCCCCGUGAUCCCUGUGCUGACCCCCAAGAAAAAGCUGGCUACUGAAAUCCUUCGCAAGUUAAAGCUGAACAGGAAAAAGCUGACAGCUGACAAGAUGGGCAUUGAGAUCACGUCCGACCCCGUGGCGAGCGGUGGAAAGGUUCAGUUCACUGUGGACCGUCUUAGGGAGCCAUUCAUCCUCAAGUUCCAAAUCUUAAACAACGGAACAAACUGUGUGCACUUCACCUACUACACUGCCUUGCACAAGAUGCGCUGUUUCACUCUGGAGGAUCAGAGGAACGUGACCAGAGCCAAUCCACUGUUCCUCUGUCCUGGGGAAAGCUAUGAAGUUAUGGUUCGGUACAUGCUGAACCACUAUGGAUAUUUCCCUGCCACAAUGUACUUUGAGUUCUGCCCAGACGUGCCAGGACCUGUGCCUUUUUGCAUUGUGCGGGAGAUGGAGGCGUUGACCAGGACCCCGCUGGCUGCGGAGCUGGGGCCCGUGUCUCCUUACAAACCAUUUCAGGUGGUCACAUACAAGCGUGUUGACACCGUGAUAGUGGAGGGAGUACCUCCUGAGAGUUCUGUCGUCCAGCCUCUAAAGAAUGCAGUGAAAUUAGGAGAUUACAAGUACCCUGAUUACCUCAAGGAACUGGCUAAACAAAGGAUGGAGGACUCUGAGUACCUCUCCUCAGCUGCCAGGCAGAGACUCCCAUCAGUGAAGGGUCUCCUCAACUCUGCCUUAAAGAUGAAGACGUACUCCCAGCAAUUUCACCUCCUGCUGCACCUGGAAGAGAUACAGAUGGAGGUGGACAUCAGGAAGUAUGACCUCCACGACCAAACCAUGACUCAAGACCAAAGAAACAAAAAGCUGCUCACACUCAGAGUUCCUGGUGUUGCUGAGAAUCGGCCAUCUGUUCUACGAGGAGAUUGUCUGAGGGUGUCCAAGUCUGAGGACAAGGUCCAGCCGAUCACUGUGUACACUGGAUAUGUUCACAGAGUAGAGCUGGAUAGCGUGAAGCUGGGCUUCUCGAAGAGGUUGCUGCAGAUGUUUAUUAGCAAUAUGAAGUUUAACGUGGAGUUCACUAUCAACCGGUACCCCUUGAAGAUGAAGCAUCGCGCGGUGGACUUGGCUGCAAAACAUCAGCUGGAAGAGGUGCUGUUCCCAUCUGGUGCAGCAGCGGCUAAUCUUGUCAUGCCUAAAUUCAGGAUGUUCAAUCGUCAGCUGGAAAACAACCCGCAGCAACAAGCAGCGGUCCAGCGUAUCAUAGCCGGAUCAUCAAAACCUGCUCCUCAUCUUGUUUUCGGGCCUCCUGGAACUGGAAAGACAAUCACUCUGGUUGAGGCUAUGAAUCAGGUCAGCAGAGCGGACCCGUCAGCCCACAUCCUCGCCUGUGCACCUUCAAACAGUGCAUGUGAUCUUCUCUGUGAGAGACUGAUGGUACACAUGGAACGCCAUCAGGUUUACCGUUUGUACGCCAGCAGCCGAGACCCAAACACUGUCCCCAAGGACCUGCUGAAACAUUGUAACUGGGACCAGAGUCAAGAGGCUUUUGUGUUUCCAGAUAAAGGAAAUCUGAUGAAAUACACAAUUGUAGUUACAACUAUGAUCACAGCUGGCAGACUGGUUUCUAUAGGAAUCCCAGUUGGCCAUUUUACCCAUGUCUUCUUGGAUGAAGGAGGCCAGGCAGUGGAGCCAGAGUGCGUCAUUCCUAUUGCAGGUCUGCUCAGUGCAGGGGAGGGUCAGUUGGUGCUGGCAGGAGAUCCCAAGCAGCUGGGGCCGAUCCUUCGAUCACCUCUCGCACUGGACCAUGGACUCGGGCUUUCUCUGCUUGAGAGACUGAUGAUGAAAAACCCUUUAUAUCAGAAAAGUACAGACUCUGGACACUUUGACACCCGCUUUGUCACCAAACUGUUGCGAAACUACAGGUCUCAUGCUGCCAUUCUGAAAAUCCCCAAUGAGCUGUUCUAUGAGAAUGAACUGCAGGUGUUUGCUGACCAGUGGGAUCGGGAGGCCUACUGCAACUGGGAAUACCUUCCCAAAAAGGGUUUCCCGUUGAUCUUCCACGGGGUGCUGGGAAAAGACGAGAGAGAGGCCAACAGUCCCUCUUUCUUCAAUGUGUCUGAGAUUGAAGUUCUGGUCGACUACCUCACCAAGCUGAUGGAAACACAAGGAAAGAAGGGUCUCCCCAAACUCUCUGCAAAAGACAUUGGCAUCAUCGCCCCCUACAGGAAACAAGUCGAGAAAAUCCAAAAGGCCCUUAAGUCCGUCUUUGCUCGGAAUCGAUGGAGUGAUCUCACAGAGCUCAAGGUGGGAUCUGUGGAGGAGUUCCAGGGACAAGAGAGGAAGAUCAUCAUGAUCUCUACUGUCCGCAGCAGCAUCAACUACGUCAAGAUGGACGAAGACUUCAACAUUGGAUUCCUGUCAAACAAAAAGAGAUUCAACGUGGCAGUGACCAGAGCCAGGUCCCUGUUGAUAGUCGUGGGAAACCCUGUGAUCCUCAACAAGGACUCCACCUGGAAGACGUUCAUCAGCUACUGCGUGGAGGAGAAUGGCUACACUGGAUUUGACUUUAAAGAUGCAGAAGGAGAAGAUGACAUUGUGUCAAGACUGGCAACACUGAAAAUCAAUGUGGAUUCUGACAGUCCUGUAGGAGAGGAGAGUGCCUUGCAGCAGUAUGUAGACCCUGAAUGGAAAAAUGAACAUUAACAUUUCUGUUAGUCUACCAACAGAAAACAAAGAACCAUUUGCAGUGACAAGAUUAUAAAUUGAAGUACAUAAGGAUGCCCAGCAUCUAUUAUUUAAGAAUAUAUCCUUUUUAUGAACUUUUAAGAGCAGUUUGCAUAUUUUGCGGCUCUUUUUUUUGAUGAGAAUGCCAAAAUGAACUUGCAAAUCUUUUGUUCUUGACUUUUUCAUCCUUGUCUUUCAGUGGCUUUUUAAAUAAAAGCUGCCACUUACGAACAUUGCUGCACACAAGCAAUUUGUUUUCUGGGUGACAAAAUAAGAAGCAGAUUAUUGUAUUUCUCAGGAAUCAAUCACCGUUUGUCUUACUGCUGAUUGCACUUAAGUUACUCUCUUUAAAUAAUCUAUUUCUAUCAGAUAAUAACUGAAGACUGACAAAAUAAAUUCCAUAUUAUACUGCA